AUGGCCGACAAAUGGAAGACGGUGUUCAAGACCAUCCACGGCAAGACGCCCACCAAAUCCGACUAUCACUUGGCGCCAAAACAUGUGAAAGAGGAACUGCUCGGCCCUAUCGAGGAGGAGAACCGAUUUGCGCUGUCGAAGAAGCGGCCGCUGAUCGAGGUGAAGCGGCCGGAAUACAAGAGCCCGGCGAAAAAGCGCAGAAAGGACGAUGGAUCGCCACCUCCUCGAAAAUCGCUGUCGCUUUUUCCGCGGCCCAGCCUGCUCCCUAGACUGCCGUCCAGCAGCAUCCGCUCGGACCCGCAGGAACCAUCGACCAGUCAGGCAUCCCCUCGCAAAAAGCAGCAGUCAUUUCAACUUGGCUGCGCAUCACCCUCCAAGUUUGCCACCUCGCCUCUCAAGAAAUUUGCCGCGCGCGACUCCCCGCGGAAAAUGGCCACCUUCACGCCCGAGAAGCGGUCCCUUGCCCCGCUCACCAACUUCAAAAACCCGAAGACGCCGAUAAAGUCGCCCAGAAAGCCGCUGAUGAGGUCAAUUGUGCUGCAAAACACGGAAAACCUGCUGCUGGCUUCGAACGAGAAGCGGGGCAAGGUGGAGGACGAGGAAGAGCCCGAGCUUUUUGAUGAUGAAACCGAGGAGCUGCCACCGGAAGUUGCCGCCGAAGCCCUGAAGCCGAAGAAGAAUCUCUUCAAGUUUAACGCGAAGCGCGAGACGGCCAAGUCGCACGGCGAGAAUUUUGUGAAAAUCAACCUGCGCAAGAAGAACUUCGUGCGUGGAAAGGUAUCGGCCGAGGCGAAGCGCAAAUUCCUGAAGAAGCAAAAGUGGAAGUCGCGGUUCGGCGGCGGGAAAAAUCGAUUC